UUUCUGGAUCUACUUAUUUGUUUCAUUUUAUGUGCACGUAUGUCAAUCCCUGCAAAAUCAUACUAGUUAAGGCGCUUAUCAAAAAGUGCCAAGAAAGUCGUUGACAGGUUGGUCUAAUCAAAAGUCGUCAUUGUUGUUGUAAUGGAAUCUAGUCUGACCAAGUAUAACACCGUCCCCAGUUGUGAUUUAGAUUAUCGAAUCAAAAUCAAGGUGGGCUGCUUAGAAGGAAGAGUUAAGCGGCCAGAUUAUGAAAAAUUAUUAGAGGACCCUUUGCUCAAAUUCUCUGGACUUUGUGUGAAUGAAAUUGGUGAUUUUCGAGUAGAUGUCCAAGUAUUUGCAUCCAACCAACCCAUCUGCCUACCAGUGUCCACAUCUUAUAAACCGUUUACGACCCGAUGGAAUUGGAACGAGUGGGUCACCCUUCCUGUCAGAUUCACUGAUUUACCUCCAAACGCACAGUUGUGCCUCACCGUUUACGACUGUUGUGGACCUUCGAAAAUGACUCCUGUUGGAGGAACCACAAUAAAGAUUUUCGGUAAAAGUGGAGUGUUCAGACAGGGAAUGAUUGACUUGAGGGUUUGGCCAGGUCAGGUGGCGGACGGAAAUGAAAAUUCGGUUACUCCGGGAAAGGGUCCAAAAGGAAAUAAAAUGUAUCGACUCACUAAACUUGCUAAGAAGCAUAGGAUGGGUCAAAUGACAAAACUGGACUGGUUGGAUCGCUUGACCUUCAUGGAAAUCGAAGCUAUUUGCGAAAGGGAGAAGCGAGAGUCUGAUUUCUUAUACCUUAAUGUUGAAUUUCCUAUUGCUGAGUACGAUAGAGUUCAGUAUGCAAUAACAUUUUAUGAAAAAAAUUCAGAAGAUUUGGAAGUGUUCCCUGAUUCCUUAGCUGGAACAGAAGCUCUGUGGCUCCCGGAUCAUGAAAUUCUUUUGGACAACAUUGUAGAAAAUAAGCACCACACGCUUUCAAGGUGUACUCGAACCGGGCUCUCAGAUGUUGACCUCAAACCGAAUGCUUUCGUUAGAGACCAACUAAAUGCCAUUGUCAACUAUCCCCCCACGAAACAGUUGUCUUCUGAAGAACAAGAUCUUAUAUGGAAGUUUCGGUAUUACCUCAGUUCAAAUAAGAAGGCAUUAGCCAAGUUCUUAAAGUGUGUAAAAUGGGAGAUAACCGGAGAAGAACGACAAGCACUGGAUUUAUUGGAACGAUGGACUCCAAUGGACGUGCAGGAUGCUCUAGAACUAUUAGGUCCAACCUUUACUCAUCCUUCUGUCAGGGCCUAUGCCGUGGCUCGUUUGAAACAGGCAUUGGAUGAGGACCUGCUCCUUUACCUACUGCAACUUGUUCAGGCCCUGAAGUAUGAAAAUUUUGACUCGUCAUUACAAGGAAUCGAUAUAUCGGACAAUAAGGAUUACACAGAUCUACAAAUCACUCCGUUGGACGAUAUGAAAUGCUCAGUCCAAUCAACGGCUUCUAAAGAAAAAGAGUUUUCCGAUCUUUCCACAUCUUCUGUUCCUUGUGGACGGAACUCUCCAGAUACUGGAAAUCUUUCAGAUGUAGCAUCUAAAGGACACAGCUCGUCUGAUGCAUCAUUGUCAUCAAAUCUGAGCGCAAUUGUUGGGGCCAUGUCUUCUGAUAUUGGUUCAAUAUCGAUUAGUAGGAAAAGCGAAACAGAACUCAGUAUAGAAAAACCUGAUCUCGCAACCUUUUUAAUUCAUCGAGCAUGUGAAAAUAUUACAUUGGCCAAUUAUUUUUACUGGUAUCUGAGGGUAGAGUGUGAGGACCACGAUGUUGGAGUAAAACAAGAUCCUCGAGUGAGAGAGAUGUAUUUAAAUGUGAUUGGAAGAUUUCUAUUGAUUAUGAAAACUGGAAAAUCUGAAUGGCAAGAACGACGUGCUGUUAUAUCGAGACAACAAAAAUUUAUUGCGAAACUUGUUGAAGUUGUUAAAACCGUAGCAAAAGAGAGUGCAAAUCGUCAAAAGAAAAUGGAAAAACUUCAAAUGCUUCUUCAAGAUGGAAAUGCUUUUAAGACUAAUUUCGCUAAAUUCGAUGCCCUCCCUUUCCCUUUAGAUCCAGAAAUCCACAUUACUGGAAUCGUUUCUAAAGAAGCAAUCCUGUUCAAAUCAAGCCAAAUGCCGUGCCGACUCACGUUUUGCACGGAAUCUGGUGAACCUUAUAUUGCGAUUUUUAAACAUGGGGACGACUUACGACAAGAUCAGUUAAUUUUACAAAUCAUUACCCUGAUGGACAAGCUUUUGCGAAAAGAAAAUCUAGAUUUGAAGAUAACCCCGUAUAGAGUACUUGCCACAAGUACAACUCAUGGUUUUGUGCAGUUUAUACAAUCCACGACCGUUGCUGAUGUCCUUUCUGAACAUGGUACUAUUCACAGUUUUUUUAAAAAGAACCAUCCAUCGGAUAGUGACGUGUAUGGAAUUUCUUCCACCGUGAUGGACACCUAUGUCAAGAGUUGUGCUGGAUAUUGUGUCAUCACAUAUUUGCUUGGAGUUGGUGACAGACAUUUAGAUAACCUUCUUCUUACUCGUGAGGGAAACUUGUUCCAUAUUGAUUUUGGUUACAUUUUGGGGCGAGACCCAAAACCAAUGCCUCCGCCUAUGAGACUCAGUAAAGAGAUGGUUGAAGCAAUGGGAGGCGUUAAUUCCGAAUAUUAUCAAGAGUUUAGAAAACUGUGCUAUACUGCAUUUCUCCAUUUAAGAAGGCAUGCCAACCUGAUUCUUAAUUUGUUUUCCCUGAUGGUUGGUGCUAGUGUUCCUGAUAUUGCACUAGAGCCUGAUAAAACUGUCAAAAAAGUGUUGGACAAAUUUCGCUUAGAGUUGAAUGAUGAAGCCGCUGUAAAGCAUAUGCAGGAAUUGAUAGACAUCUCAGUGACCGCCGUAAUGCCCGCCUUACUGGAACGAAUGCACACUUUUACUCAGAUGCUUCGUAAAUAAUUUUUCACCGAAACUAGCGUCAAGAGAUACGUGUACUGAAGUAACAAUCUUUUUAUUGAGAAUAAUAGGAUAAGCAUAUUUGUAUCACCUUAUCAUGAAAAUUAAACCAAUUUUGUCACUGUAAAUAUUUUAAAUAAAUUAUUUUGCAUA